ACAUGAAGACAGGGUAAAGUGACAUCAGGAUAGAUAAUAAUAAGGUGAGGUAGAUAUGUACAUGAAGGCAGGGUAAAAAGACAUCAGGAUAGAUAAUAAUAAGAGUAAAAUAAAUGACAGAUUAGCAGCAGCAUUUGACGAGUGUAAAAGUGUGUGUAUGUUUGUGUUGUGUCAGUAUGCAUAUGUGUGUGUAUAUAGUGUGUGUAUAUAGUGUGUGUAUAUAGCUUCGUGGUAUAUAUAUAUAUAACCCUCAUGCAUAAAGGCUGUGCAAUAUAGCGUUGGUGCAGAUAGUCCGGGUAACCAUUAAGUAACCAGUAAUGAACUAUAAAGCAGUAUUAUGUCUAUCAGCUUUUAAAUCCCUCGGAGGCUGUCCUUACCCUACGUCACUUUCAUUUGAACAGACUCCUCUGACGAGAGAGAAAAGAUCGCGUCCCAAAACGAACGCUCAAGUGGAAACCGAGGGCUCCCACGUGGGGACAUCGUUCUCUGAUAGGCCCCUGAGCCCAUCAGAGAACUCUGGUUUAGCUCCCUGAGCCUAUCAGAGAAUUCAGAGCAAAUCUGAUUGGACAGACAGAGACGCGCUUUCACGUCCGUUUCAGCCCCGGUGCUGUAGAAUGCCUGUGUGUGUGUGUGUGUGGCACCGACCCGGAUCGGGGGUGGACAAAAAGGCUUGCUGUGGAUAAUCUGCGAUAUGUGACAAUUAUCGAAAAGGAGUAACUCUUGUUUAACCAUGUUAGCUCCGUUUUCAAAUUCAAGGGGGAAGACGUACAUGAGAACAUUACAUUUGGAUUAAAGCAGCAGCCAUCUUCCCCCCCUCCACAAAAAAAAAUACAUUUAAAAAACGUCUCAAGUACAGUAAGUAAACUAGAGAAAUCGUUUCGUCUUGAACCGAACCGUAUUUCAUGGGCUAACUUAGUCCUAGACCGAGAGAGAAGCAGGGUGCACCGGGAGAGGAUGCCCGGUGUGGUCUGCGUUGAUCCAGGAACCUUCUCGCCAUCCCUUCUCUUCCCUUUGGGACGGAUUUAAAAGCGGAUUCGUGUACUUUUGACAUCAAAUCAUCUUGAGUACUAAACACACAGAUUAAAUCGCGUCUUCAACGAAGGAUUUUGAGGAGUUCUCCUCCUCCACCUCCUCCUCCACACCCCCCACCUCCACCUCCUCCUCCACACCCCCACCUCCUCCCCACCCCUCCUCCCCCUCCCCUCCACCUCCCCCUCCACCUCCUCCCCUUCCCCCGCCUCCACCACCUCCACCUCCUCCACCAACUCCCUGUCCACCACCUCCUCCUCCUCGGAGGAGACCAGCCAGACUCUGACCGUCUCUUCACCAGACGACCCGAAGCUGUCGCUUCUCCCAUCCAAAUAAACAAAGGGUCCAUUUGAAGAUGUAUCCUCAGGGCCGACAUCCCGCACCUGGACAUGGUCAGCCGAGUCAGCCUGGGUUCAAGUUCACCGUAGCAGAGUCCUGCGACAGGAUCAAGGACGAGUUUCAGUUCCUGCAGGCCCAGUAUCACAGUCUUAAGGUGGAGUACGACAAGCUGUCCAAUGAGAAGACAGAGAUGCAACGUCACUAUGUCAUGUAUUACGAGAUGUCCUAUGGUCUCAACAUAGAGAUGCAGAAACAGACCGAGAUCGCCAAGCGGCUAAACGCGAUUCUAGCUCAAAUUAUGCCUUUCCUGUCACAAGAGCACCAACAGCAGGUAGCCCAGGCAGUAGACCGAGCUAAACAGGUCACCAUGACUGAGCUCAAUGCCACCAUCGGGGUACGUGGGCUUCCCAAUCUGGCCCUCACCCAGCAACAGCUCCAGGCUCAGCAUCUGUCCCAUGCAGCCCACGGUGGUCCUCCCCUCCUGGCCGCACACCCCUCCGGGCUCCAGCCUCCUGGGAUAAUCCCAGGGUCUGGGCUGCUGGCCCUGGGAGCUCUGGGGAGCCAGGCUAACCUCCCUGUUAAGGAUGAGAAGAAUCAUCACGACGUGGAACACAGAGAGAGCACGAAUAACGUUUCCCCGACCGACAGCCUGAGAACAGCCAGUGAGAAACACAGCUCCUCCGACUACAGUCUGGACUCUAAGAAACGCAAAGUGGACGAGAAGGACAGUAUGAGCAGAUACGACAGUGAUGGAGAAAAGAGUGAUGACCUGGUCGUAGAUGUGUCCAAUGAGGACCCCGCUACCCCUCGGGCUAGUCCCGCUCACUCGCCCGAGGGGAACGGCAUCGGUAAGCCCCGCCCCCAGAAGGACACGCCCACCAGCCCCGCCUCUGUAGCGUCGUCCAGUAGCACGCCCUCCUCCAAGAACAAGGAAAACCAUAAUGACAAGUCAUCAAUUCCAGGCCUGAAGUCGACCACCCCCACCCCUCGUAGCGACGCCCCCACCCCAGGCACCUCCACCACUCCUGGGCUGCGGCCCAUCCUGGGCAAACCCCCUGGCAUGGAGGCUCUAGCUCUGAGGACUCCCCUGUACCCUCCCUUCGUUAUGAUGGGUCAUCAUCCUGAGAUGAACGGAGGUCUGACCAGCCCUGGCGUCUACGCUGGUCUGCACGUUUCCCCUCAGAUGAGCGCUGCCGUUGCUGCGUACGGACGAACGCCCAUGGGAUUUGAUCCUCAUCCCCACAUGAGACCGGGUCUUCCAGCCAGUCUCACGUCUAUAUCUGGAGGAAAACCAGCCUACUCCUUCCACGUGAGUGCGGACGGCCAGAUGCAGCCGGUACCGUUCCCUCCGGACGCCCUGAUAGGCCCGGGGAUUCCCCGGCACGCCCGUCAGAUCAACACGCUGAGCCACGGCGAGGUGGUGUGUGCUGUCACUAUAUCCAACCCAACCAGACACGUCUAUACAGGAGGAAAGGGCUGUGUCAAGAUCUGGGACAUCAGCCAACCGGGCAGCAAGAGUCCUGUCUCUCAACUAGACUGUCUGAACAGGGAUAACUACAUCCGUUCCUGUAAGCUGCUCCCUGACGGUCGUACCCUGAUCGUAGGAGGAGAGGCCAGUACUUUAACCAUCUGGGAUCUGGCCUCCCAGACGCCUCGUAUCAAGGCUGAGCUGACGUCCUCCGCCCCGGCCUGCUACGCCCUCGCCAUCUCCCCAGACGCCAAGGUCUGUUUCUCCUGUUGCAGUGAUGGAAACAUCGCCGUCUGGGACCUGCACAACCAGACUCUCGUCAGACAGUUCCAGGGCCAUACGGACGGGGCCAGCUGUAUAGAUAUCUCUCACGAUGGGACCAAGCUGUGGACAGGAGGUCUGGAUAACACGGUACGCUCCUGGGACCUGAGAGAGGGACGACAACUACAGCAGCACGACUUCACCUCACAGAUCUUCUCUCUAGGAUACUGUCCGACAGGGGAAUGGUUGGCUGUAGGGAUGGAGAGCAGUAACGUGGAGGUCCUUCACCACACCAAGCCUGACAAAUACCAGCUACAUCUCCACGAGAGCUGUGUCCUCUCCCUCAAGUUCGCUAACUGCGGUAAAUGGUUUGUGUCUACGGGGAAGGACAACCUGCUGAAUGCCUGGAGGACUCCAUAUGGAGCCAGUAUAUUCCAGUCGAAGGAGUCUUCGUCAGUCCUGAGCUGUGACAUCUCAGCAGACGACAAGUACAUUGUGACAGGCUCCGGGGACAAGAAGGCUACUGUCUACGAGGUCAUCUACUAGAGACAGACACACAGACGGACGGACAGAUG